AGUCGUGUGUGUUAGGCAAUGAUGUAUUGAUUCCCAUAUGACCGUGUCGUUAUCGCAGUUAAGCCCAGAAACUCCCAACGCCCAUUAGGAUGAUGGUUCCUGCAUCGAAGAAAAAGCCCCUGCCGAAAGCGGCAGGUGCGAGAUCAGCUGCACCACGCGGUAAAGCAAUCGCAAGUGCGUCGGCGUCAAAAGGGGAUCCGGCACUUGCUAAGAGGCUUCGCACCGCGGCUGCCGCAAAAUCCAUGGCCGGAGCUGAGGAGACACCUAGCGAGGGGGUAAGAGAGCAGAGCGAUGCAGAGGCUGGCGAUGACGAGGUGGUAGAAAUCUUCUCCGAGCCCGACGACCUUGUCGUGCAGGUCAUUAAGUCGCGCGACUAUUCCAAUUUCGCUACGAUAUCGCUGUACAAUCAUCAGGGACUCGGGUGCGUGGUGGAAGGGCAGGAUGCGGUUACUCUCGCCGACAAGAAGUGCUUGACGGACUCCAUCCUCGAUUUCCAUAAUGUUUGGCCUGCUGAGCUUGCGUCAUCCAGAGAAGACCAACCGCAAGGCAUGGAUAGCCCUCGAUGCAAAGGCGUACUCGUAUGCCACAGAUUUCAACCGAGUACCAAGAUAGGGGUGCGAACGGGCGCUGUUGCAGUACGACUUCAUUCUCAUACCUGUUUACGCUAGCCUGCAGGAACCACUACUCUCAGAUGGUGGUGGAGGCGCCAUGUCGCCUCCUCCCUGGGGUGGACAUGGUGGAUCGUGAUCCCAAAAGCGCGCUCAUACUGUAUGACAGCUUGGGUCUCCACGGCUAAACGAAGGCGCCUUUCGAAGCUACCAGAAAGCUGCUGGAGCUGGCGUGCGUGCGGUACCACCCCGACGCGGAUGUGGCGGAUGUGCAGCUACACCUGAAGGAAGCCCGAUGCAUCACGAUGAAGGACCAUUAGAUCCCCUUUCAGAAGAACAACUACGAUUCCGUGGUGAACGUGUGCCAAUACAUCGAGGCUCUUGUUACGUCCGAUUUCGCGACCGUGCGCGAGUGGGCGCAUUUCAAGGGAGUCAGCGCCCUGCAUUACCGCCGGAAUCUGCGCGCAGAUGUGUGCCUGCACGCUGCGCACGAGUUGAUGCCGUCCUUGGUCCGCGCCCAUAUUCUGACCCCCCCCCAGCCGUAGCCGCGCAUGGACGUGGAUGGCACAAUCAUGCUUGGCGAUGACGAACCUGCUCCAAGCAACAAUGGCAACCAUGCGGCCCAUCUGGCUCGAGCCGAGCAGAAAGUGGAUUUUGUACACGCAAUGGUGGUCGCACUUGGCAGAGCCAUCGGGUACUCCAACAAGCAGCAACUCCAACAAGCAGCUGCUGUCAGAGGCUUGCCUGUUCCGGGAUGACGAGACGUGGACGCGCCACCCGCCGAUCGACGAGACGCGGGAUCCCUCUGACCGCGACGACGCACCUCGCAGCCUGCCGGAUAUGCGCUCGCCUUCGUCCGCUCAGUCGCCUUCUCGUUGUGCCGCUGAGUAUGCGGUUCCGCAGGGUUUGCAUGUGACGACGCACGUGGCCGCACCGGAGCCCGCUGACACAGCGGGAGGUGCAGCAGUGUCAACAUCAUCAGGGACUGCAGCGCCAGGGGAUGCUGGACCAGGGUGCGCAGCAGCCAGGGAUGCAGCGGCAGAGCACGCAACAGCAGGGGAUCCAUCAGCGAGGGGUGCAGCAGCAUGGGGUGCAGCAGCAUGGGGUGCAGCAGCAUGGGGUGCAGCAGCAUGGGGUGCAGCAGCAUGGGGUGCAGCAGCAUGGGGUGCAGCAGCAUGGGGUGCAGCAGCAUGGGGUGCAGCAGCAUGGGGUGCAGCAGCAUGGGGUGCAGCAGCAUGGCAGCAGCACGUGCUGCAGCAGCAGGGGGUGCAGCAGCAGGUGGUGCAGCAGCAGGGGCUUGUGCAGCAGGAGGGGCAGCGGCAGGGGAUACCACAACCUGGGGUGCAACGCCUGGAGAUGCAGCCGGCUGGUGCGCAUCCGACAGGACGUCAGCAGCAGGGCGUGCAGCAGCAAGUGACGCAUCAGCAGGGAGUGAUCCCUCAUAGACUGCAGCUGCACGGGGGGCUGCAGUAGGGGGUGCAGGCUCAGGGGUUGCAGUAUCAGAACGUCUCGGCCGGACCGGUCCCUUCGCCAGUCAUGGGGGCCUUUGAAGGAUUGGGGACACAUAUGGGAGCCACCUGCUCUGCCGACACAUAUCCGUCAGUUGCCUAUGCAGCAGCACCAGCAGAUGGUUCCCCAGCAGGCACCGCCCUCGGCGCUUCAGCAAUACCCACCCCUGUACCUGGAUGGACAGGUUCCACGUCUGCCUCCGCCACGUGUGUAUUAUCCAUACCCUCCCGAGCGCUACGAUGUGCAGCAGCAGCAUCAGGCGUUGCAGAAUCAGCUGACGGGCUUGCCACUGCCGCCCCAGCAGCUGCAGCAGGGACAGCCUACAGGCAUGCAGCAGGCGCAACCGACACAGCUGCAGCUCCAGUCUCAGAUGUAGCACUUGCAGCAGCAGAUGCUGAUGGUGCAGCAGCAGAUGCAGCAGCAGGCCGUGCCUCCGCCAAUGUCGCCCUUCCGUCCGCCAUCCCAGGCGACCUAGCCGCAGCUAUGGAGCACCAGACCGGUGAUGCCCACACAGGUGCACACGGGUGUUGCAGGGACCCAGUCUACCCAGCAUGCGCCCAACCAGCAGCAACCUUUGCAGCAUCCCAUGUCCCAGCGAGGCGAGCCUUGCCACGAUGCGCAGAUGGCUCCACGAGAUGGCUCGUGCGCACCAUCACCCGCGAGCACGGGUGCCACGGCCCGGCUCGAUGCGAAGCUCGCGGCAGCAGCCAUGCCCCACCCUCGCACGGCCUGCAUACCAACGCGGCAGACCCAGCAGAGGCUGUGUGCGGGGAGGGCGUGCGUGCCGCGGGCGAGGGAAAGGUGGGAAACCCGGGGAGAGGUUCCAAGUAUGGGUGGACAGGCCUGGCGUUCCACUCCGAGUGGAAUAAGUGGUACGGGCGUCUUGUGUGCAGGCCCAAGGGUAAGAAGCAGAUGCGGCUGGGGUCGUACACAUCCAAGGAGGAUGCCGCACACGCCUAUGCCGCCGAGGCAUACGUCAUUCGGCCUGAAGCGGGCAUCAAGUUCAAAAUGGAGCUCAAGUCAGCGGAGAAGACGGCGCUCGACGGCUGCACCGAGGACGACGUGAGGGCUCUCGUCAGGCGGCGGAAUUGGUUCCGCUGGCAAGAGUGGAGGGUGGCAUUGGAGGAGCCAUAUCCAAAAACGCGACCUCGGUCCAAGCAUCAUGCCCUCACAUCGGCGACAGCAGAGGGUGUGGACGGUGCGGAGACGACGCUGACCAGCAACAGCCGAAGGGUCCAGACGAGGCCCCAGGUCGGGACGAGAUGGGCACGGAGCCGCAUGUGGGCAACCCCACCACCCCGGGGGAGGACAUGUCUUCUCCGGACCUCACGGACGACGAGGAGUGUGACUUGGACCACGAUCCAGCACUUCAAGUUUUCCCGGACGAGGACGCGGCAGGAGAUGCAGACUAGGGGGUUCGUUGGUGGUUGCCCAUUUUGCCGAGCUGCGAGGUUGAUGUUUCUGUGCCAUGCCAAUUUGUUUUUCUCUAGGACCUUGGAGCUUGUAGUGGCUUACCAUGAGGUUGAUGCAUUGUGUGCCAGCUUGUGGAUGUUGAACUUGGUUGUGACCCAGCUUGUGGGUAGUUCUAUGCGACACAUAUACACGGGUUUGUGGUGUGGGCACUAUAAGCGGUGGGUAGCUCCUCAUAGUGCCAUUUCCGGAUAUCC